GAAUAAACAACAGAAAAUUCUUCUUAUUCAGUUAAGAAUGUUUUGUUUAUUGUUGAAACCUUUUUUUCGUAGUUAUCAUAAAUUAUGAAUUAAUGAUUAAAUGGCAUACAAGAGUUCAUUAUAUUACGAUGAGUUUGAUUAUGAAAACUAUCAAGAAGCACUUGAUUACGAAUCUUAUGAAGAUCAUAUUACCAACUUCAAUGAUGCUUUAAGUUGUAGUUUUGCUGUAUCAAAGCAAAUUGCACUUCAACUGCUCAUUUUGUUGUUUGUAAAUUUCAUCUACCGGAUGAUAAGAUAUGCGAAUAUCGCUGAGUUCAUCAAGCAUUUAUCUUCAUCUUUGUUGGGAUAUUUUUCGACAUUCAUUUUCUUCACAACCGGCAACUUUUAUGUUUGCUUCUUAGUAUUCAUCUCAUAUGGGUUUUUAAAGUUUUUACAAUUGAUUGGAGUGAAGAAGCAAGGAUUCCUGGUGAUUGCAUUUCAAAUAGUUUUAAUUUUUACUUGCGAAAUAUUGGAGCUUGACGGAAACGUUUGGCAGCACGUUCGUGGAUCAGCUUUGAUUAUAUCAAUGAAAGCAAUUUCAGUGGCAUUUGAUGUCAGCUCAACAAAGAUUCCUAAAUUGCCGCCAAUAUAUGAAUACGUCGGCUACGUUCUCUGUCCAGCCAACACAGUAUUAGGACCGUUUACGACUUUCGCAUCUUACAAGAAUUGCAAUAGAAACAAAUUUUCUUUGAAUCUCUUUUCGCAAAUCAUCGUAAACAGUUCGAUUUCUAUUUUCUUUAUUAUAUUGUCGAGUUGUUUUCUCAACUAUCUCAUCAGUGAUAAUAAUUUGAAAUAUCUUUUGAUGUAUCGUGAUGCUUUGAAUUUCCGAUCUAGCCAUUAUUUCAUCUCAUUUAUGUCGUCAGCUGUUCUUCUGAUGUCGGGAAUCGACAGUAAAAUGACUUCGAAUAUAUUUGGCUAUCAAGUGACGAGGCCAUUGGACAUUGAACUUCCACGUUCAUUAAUACCUGUCGUCAUCUCAUGGAAUAUUCCAAUUCAUUUGUGGGUUAAAAGUUAUGUUUUUCAUAACUUAAAGCACUUUGGAAAAUUCAAAGCUAUAAUUCUCACUUAUUUAAUCUCAUCAUCUCUGCACGGCCUCAACGUUCAACUUGCUGCUGUUCUUUUAUCGAUUGGAAUUUUCACCUUUGUUGAAUACAGAUUGCGAAAUACUUUAGCAGAGAUAUUGGAUGCCUGCGUUGCAGCAAAUAAAUGCAAUCUGGAUUCUACAAAAUCUUGCACAUCAAAAGGUCAUAAAAACAAUACAACCUUGUAUUGGGUUAAGAUGAUCAAUUUCGCAUUCGGAGUAUCGACUGUUGUGUUGUUAGCAUAUUUGGAUAUGCUGCAAAGCUUCAAUCGUUGCACAGUUUUAAAUAAAGUAGAUUAUGGAAUCAUAUCUAGUAUGAGACAAUUCAGUCGACAAAUGGAAGAUCAAAAGAGAAAACAAAAUCAUAAUGAGCAAAAAAUGUACAAUAAUGUUAAUGAGGGUAAUGCAAAUAAGUUACGAAAAUGGAUAUCAGUUACACCUGAACCGAGGCAACCAGGAUUAACUUUUACAGUGCUUGAUUACAAUAUUUUAAGCCAACAAUUACUUGAGCAGCAUAGUUAUUUGUAUCAAGGCCAUUCAAAACAUGCCCUCCGAUGGAACCAACGAUUCUUUACUCUGAUAGGAGAGAUACUUUAUAAUAAUCCAGACAUUUUGUGUUGCCAGGAAGUUCAAAACACACACUUAAGUGACAUUCAAUCAAGACUUAGAUCGUUGAACUAUGAUGUGAUCUACAAAAAGAGAACCGGUGAUAAGCCCGAUGGUUGUGCUAUAUUUUACAAACGACAUUUGUUUCAUCUCAUUGAAGACCAUAAAAUUGAAUUUGAACAACCUGGAAUUGAGGUAGACAAUAAUAACAAUAUGACAUUUCAAUGGCAUCAGAAUGUUUUAAAUAUUUAUAAUUUACAGCUGCUCGAUCGUGAAAAUGUCGCAGUAGUUUGUAAACUUUCAUUAAAAACUGAUCCAUCUGUGCACUUUGUAGUGGCUACAACUCAUUUGCUUUAUAAUCCUAGACGUCAAGAUAUUCGUUUGGCACAAGUCCAAAUACUCCUAGCCGAACUUGAUCGAAUAGCAAAAGUGUCGAAUAAUGAAGAAGAGCAAAAAUAUUUGCCAAUUAUAUUAUCAGGUGAUUUCAAUCUCCAACCACAUUCAGCUCCAUACAAUUUAAUUGUAAAUGGUAUGGUGAACUAUGCAAACUUAACACGAAGGACUUUGAGCACGAGUGGGAAAGGCACCAACAACCAGACAAACGGAAGACUUCUUUUACCUAUUAAAUUAGGCAUUACAGACGAAUGUCAACAUGUCAAUCAUGAGAUCAAGCUUUAUCAUUCUGAAAACAACAAAACAAGAACCGAUCAUGACAUUGAACUUACAAAGGAGAUCGUAAAUCUUUUUCAGACCGGCAUUCUAAAGCAUAACUUUAAGUUUUCUUCGGCUUAUAAAGAUUCGGAUGAUUAUGUGUCAACAUAUCAAGAUCGUUGGAUAUUAGUUGAUUAUAUUUUCUAUUCUGAUGCUAUCAAUACUCAAACUAAUGGAUCAAGUUUGAAAUUAUUAUCUUAUCUAACAUUGCCAUCGUCGGAAGGUUGCCGAAAUAUUGGAUUACAAAUUCCAAACACAUAUCAAGGUUCUGAUCAUCUUUUAUUGGCUGCUCGCUUUUUUCUAGAAUUCGAUGGUGGAGAGGGACAUGUGGGAACCGUAAGAAACUUUGAAAGUGCUGAGGAAGUUGUUGUUGUAUGGGACGGUGGAACGGCAGCAAAUUACAGAUGUGCUGGUUCAUACGAUCUCCGAAUCUUAGACAGCGCACCGACGGGAAUUAAACAUGACGGAACAAUGUGUGAUACGUGUCGACAACAGCCAAUUUAUGGAAUCAGAUGGAAAUGUGCAGAAUGCAACAAUUAUGAUUUAUGUUCGAUUUGUUAUCAUUCAGAUAAACAUCAUUUAAGACAUCGAUUUUAUCGAAUAACUGUUCCUGGCGGAGAUCGAAUUCUAAUGGACCCGAGAAGAAAAUCAAAAAAGAUUGCAGUGCGAGGAAUCUUUCAAGGAGCUCGCGUUGUUCGUGGUGUUGAUUGGCAAUGGGAAGAUCAAGAUGGAGGAAAUGGAAGACGAGGUAAAGUGAUUGAAAUUCAAGAUUGGGCAGCAACAUCUCCGAGAUCAGCAGCAUACAUUACAUGGGAUAAUGGAGCAAAGAAUCUCUAUCGAGUUGGAUAUGAAGGAAUGGCUGAUUUGAAAGUUGUGAACGAUGCUAAAGGCGCGACAGUUUAUCGAGAUCAUUUACCUUUACUUGGAGAAAAUACUGCAACAAAGAGUCAUAAUGGAUUUCAAAUUGGUGACAGUGUCAUUGUUGAUUUAGAACUCGAAGUCGUUCAAUCAUUCCAACAUGGACAUGGCGGGUGGACAGACGGAAUGUUUGAAUGCUUAAACAAUCCCGGAAAAGUUGUUGGAAUCGAUGAAGAUCAUGACAUUGUUGUGUCAUAUCCAAGUGGCAAUCGUUGGACUUUCAAUCCCGCAGUUCUCACAAAAAUGGCAUCGAAUGCCACUGACGACUCAGCAAAUCAAUUUGCUGUUGGUGAUUUUGUGAAAAUUUGUAGUGAUUUGGAACGAAUAAAAAUCUUACAACGAGGACAUGGCGAGUGGGCAGAGGCAAUGAUUCCAACUUUGGGAAAAGUUGGAAGAGUUCAGCAGAUUUAUUACGAUAAAGAUUUAAAAGUGGAAGUUGGAAACACGUCGUGGACUUACAAUCCAUUAGCAGUAACAAAAGUUGCUUCGUCAUCUGACGGAUCAGUUUCGGCGGUUGCUGCUAAUGGUGAACGUUUGUCGGCUAUUUUGAAGAAACUUUUUGAACCUCAGGUAUCGUCAGAUAUCACUGAAGAGCUUGUUAAAGCAGCUGCAAACGGUGACAGUGCGAAAUGUGAAAUGUUUUUGAAUCCAAAUGGACAAGUGCAAGCACCAAUUGAUCAUCAACCAACGGGAUCACCACUGGGCGAUCAACAAGAACAAACAAAUCAACAAUCAUUGCCGUCAACAUCUUCAGGUCCGACCGUGUCAACAGUCAAUCAAGCAAAUGUUAAUGGAGUCUUUGCUGGUCACACGAGUCUACAGGCAGCCAGUCAAAAUGGACAUCUGGAUGUCAUCAAAGUGCUUCUUAAAUACAACGCAGAUGUAGAGAUUGAAGAUAAAGACGGCGAUCGUGCUGUUCACCAUGCAGCAUUUGGUGAUGAGCCGGCAGUUAUUAAAUUGCUUGCACAAGCUGGCGCUGAUUUAAAUGCUCGAAAUAAACGACGUCAAACAGCUUUGCAUAUCGCUGUUAACAAAGGUCACAAUAAUGUCGUAAAAACUCUCUUGGAGCUUCGUUGUCAUCCAAGUCUUCAAGAUUCUGAAGCUAUUCAUCAUGCUGCAUUGAAGGGAAACCCAACAGCGAUGAAGAUUUUAUUAUCGAAAAUCAAUCGUCCAUGGAUUGUUGAAGAGAAGAAAGACGAUGGUUACACCGCACUUCAUCUCGCUGCACUUAAUAAUCACGUGGACAUUGCUGAUCUGCUUAUUAACAUGGGGAAAGCGAAUUUAGAUCGACAAAAUGUUAAUUUACAAACGGCUUUACAUCUUGCUGUUGAACGACAACAUGUUCAGAUUGUAAAGCUUUUAGUUCGUAAAGGUGCCAACCUAAAUAUUCCAGAUAAAGAUGGUGACACGCCAUUACAUGAAGCACUUCGUCAUCACACACUUUCGCAAUUAAGACAGUUACAAGAUGUCGAAGGCUUUGGGAAAAUUCUCAUGGGAUUACGCAAUAAUACUGAUAAGAAAGCAUCGGCGUCUAUUGCUUGCUUCUUAGCAGCAAAUGGAGCUGAUCUGACAGUUAAAAAUCGUAAACUUCAAACGCCUUUGGAUCUUUGUCCUGACCCCAACUUAUGUAAAAUCCUUAUUAAAUGUUAUAACGAAAAGCAUACAGAAGACAUCGAGACGACGACAAUGGAUGAUAAACAUUUGAGCAACGGAAUGAAUAACGAAAAUAACAAUCAACAGCAAACGCAACAGACGAAACAAGUUGAAUCGUCGGAUAUUAACGUUGAUGAAUGUCUUUUAUGUUCGGAGCAGAAACGAAAUACUGUUUUCAAGCCUUGCGGUCAUGUUGUGUCGUGUGAAGCUUGUGGAUCGCGAAUUAAGAAAUGUUUGAUUUGUCGUGAGACGGUUUCAUCGAGAGAAAAGAUUGACGAAUGUCUCGUCUGUUCAGAUCGUAAAGCUUCGGUCUUCUUCAAACCAUGCGGACAUAUGGUUGCAUGUGAUCAUUGCGCUCCAAUUAUGAAGAAAUGCGUUCAAUGUCGAACAGCAAUCGAUCAAAUGGUUCCUUUCAAAGUUUGUUGUGGAUCAACAGGAACGAUAGCAAAAGUCGUUCAAAGUAUCGAUGAUCAUAAGAAAGAUGCUCAUAUACUUCAAGGAACUAACCACAAUGGACAUAACAUCAACAUGAACAAUUGUAAUUCGAUCAAUAACAAAUUCAGUGUUGUAGCGACUUCAUCGUCAUCAUCAUCAGCGCAAUCAACUUACAAUAAUUUAAGUAGUACGAGUGGAAUGCACAACCACAAUAAUAACAGCAACAAUAACAAUAAUUUGAUGCACAGUUCGAAUCUCAAUCAAGCGACUAACUCAACAAAUCUUGCGUCUAAUAACGCACCAACAACAUCAACAAUAACGAAAGCCGAUCAGGAGAGUAACGUGAAUUUAUUUGAUGACAUGCAGAAACUUCAACAACAAUUACAAGACAUUAAAGAACAGACGAUGUGUCCGGUUUGUUUUGAUCGAAUCAAGAACAUGGUUUUCCUAUGUGGACAUGGCGUUUGUCAAUAUUGCGGCGAUCAAAUUGAAGGCUGCCCGAUAUGUCGAAAGACAGUAGAAAAGCGAAUUUUAUUGUUUUAAUUCAAUUAAGAAUGUCAAAUGUCGCGAAAAAAAAUCUUCUUAAUGAACGUUAAUUAAAUUUAGUUUUUUUUUCUAUUUUUAUCAUUUUUAAAUCUCACGAUUCAUGAUCAUGCAAUAAUUUUUAGCAUUUUAAAUAUAUUUAGUUAAGAACGCAUUAAUUUUGUUAUGUUCUAGUUAUUAAGUAUUAAAUGUCGCAUUUUAUUUGGAGAACUUUUUUUGUUUACUUUAACUUUGUUGAUGGCAAGCAAGCAAUCAAAAAAGUUGUAACUUAAGUGUGAACUUUUUCCAUUUAAGAAAUGGAAUUGAUAAAGCUAAUUUUUUUAAUAUAAAAUUGCAUAGUUCAUCGACUUUACUUUUAAACACUGACGAUCCUUUUUUCUUCCACUCAUACCUAAUUCUUUUAAUUAAAUUUUAUUGAAAAUAUUAAAUAUCGAAUAAAAAAUUGCAACAAAAAUUAUAAAUCAAUGUUUUGUGUUUAUUCUAACGACCAGUUUAACAAACAAGAAUUUCGUCAUGAACAACAAUGCCAAACAUUAGUCGGUUUUUCAUCAUCGCUGUAGCAUUGUAAAUUGCAAGUAGGCGGGUAGAUCAACGAGUUAUGCCUUUAAUCAUUAAAGGACGAUGAUGUGGACGUCCACUACGUCACGUAAAUUUACGAUAGAUUGCGUCAUGUUCCCAUCGUUGAUGUCUGGAAGUAUGAUCGAAAAUCUUCUCGCACAUAAGUUCUUCAGAUAGAAAUUCCACCAUGCUUCUCACUCGCUGAAUCGUAGCCAACAACAACCAGUAACAAAUGACUUGACAAUCUUUUCAAAUCG